UUCAGUGUCGACAGACCGGCAUUCCGUUCCGCGACGCCGCACCGACCGGCCGUCUCGAAAUCGCAAACAAUCGAAUCGUCUGUGGUCAUCGAGUGCGCUGUGAUACAAAUCAUUCCACUAUCAUGUCUCGGGCGUCCGUUUUCAAAACAUAUUUCUAAUAACUAAUAACGGUCAACAUGACGAAGUAUAAAUUAAAUAACACAGUGCGUUCCGCUUCCGAAGUGACCCUCACCGCGUUCAUGACUGGCAACAAAGAUGAGAAACACUAUCAGAUCCCGGAGGAUCCCAACCAAAAUGACAAUAUGAGCUCCGAAUCGAACAGGAACUUGGAAGCGGCGAAGACCUGUCACGUAUGCCCACAUUCCUGCGAGUUUCUGCAGCAAAGUGACAAGCUGGCAGCUUCGUUAGUAAAACAAGAGUGCGAUAAGUUUGGACUGAAUGAAUUAAAAGUUGACGGUUUGGAUAAGAACAUUUGUCUUUGCGAGAAGUAUAACGGAGGGUGUAAAUUAUGCCCGAAGCCCGGUGUGCCCUCGCUGAGUUACGGGCUCGACGGGAAAGAGUCCUGUUUGGCUUGCCAUGGAAACGCUUACCUAGCUACAAAUGGAUCCUACCUCGGAGGCGGAUUCCCCUCGAAACCGGACAGCGAGAGCAGUAGCGGCAGUGGGUGGCGAAGGGAUGCUCUCAGACGAGCUCGGGCCUGCUGCUCCACCAAGACGUUGCUGCGACGCGUCCCUAUCCUUUCGUGGCUUCCCAAGUACUCGUUAAGGAAUGGACUGGCUGAUAUUAUAGCAGGUAUAACAGUAGGUCUGACGGUGAUCCCUCAGGCCAUCGCGUACGCGGGAGUGGCGGGGCUGCCCCCGCAGUAUGGACUCUACUCGUCUUUCAUGGCCUGUUUUGUUUACACAGUCUUCGGUUCAGUGAAAGACUCCGCGAUAGGCCCCACAGCCAUCGCGGCCAUUCUCACGAGGGAAAACCUUCACGGAUUGGGCCCCGAGUUCGCGGUGCUGCUCGCGUUCCUCUCCGGCUGCGUCGAGCUUGUUAUGGGCAUCCUCCAACUGGGUUUCCUGAUCGACUUCAUCAGCGGGCCGGUGUCGGUGGGGUUCACGUCAGCGGCUGCGAUCAUCAUCGCCACCACGCAAGUCAAGGACAUCCUCGGGCUCAGCUUCCCAGGAGGCAAAUUCCUUCAGGUGUGGACAGGCAUGUACGAGCACAUCGGCGAGACCCGGCUGUGGGACGCGGUGCUCGGCAUAUCCUGCAUCGUGGUGCUUCUCCUGCUCAGGAAAGUGAAAGAUAUCAAAGUGAGCCCCAAGGAAGGUGAUGAUGGCAAAUCGGCAAAAUUGCGUAACGCGGCCGCCCAAGCUCUCUGGUUCCUGUCCACCACACGCAACAUUCUGGUGGUGCUGGUGUGCGCUGCACUCGCCUACUACUUCGACACGCAGAAGAAGUCACCUUUCGUACUCACCGGUGAUGUGAAGCCGGGCCUGCCGGAACUGAAGCCGCCGCCGUUCUCGGCGACCGUGGGCAACCACACGUACACGUUCGUCGAGAUGACCUCCACACUCGGAUCCGCUAUCUUCGUCGUGCCACUACUGUCCAUACUGGAGAACAUCGCGCUCGCUAAAGUAUUCUCGGAAGGCAAGUACAUAGACGCGACGCAGGAGAUGCUGGCGCUGGGCGUGUGCAACAUCGCGUCGUCGCUGGUGGACUCGAUGCCGGUGUCGGGCGCGCUGUCCCGCGGCGCCGUCAACCACGCGUCCGGCGUCGCCUCCACCGCCGGCGGCCUCUACACCGGCGCCCUCGUGCUGCUCUCGCUGCAGUACUUCACGCCAUACUUCUUCUACAUCCCCAAGGCGUCGCUGGCGGCCGUCAUCAUCGCCGCCGUCGUAUUCAUGAUGGAACUGCACGUAUUCAAGCCCAUUUGGAGGACAAAAAAACUGGACAUAAUCCCAGCGGUGGUGACGUUCGGCGCGUGCCUCGUGACGCGGCUCGAGCUGGGCAUCGUCAUCGGCAUCGCGGUCAACCUGGUGUUCCUGCUGUACGCCUCCGCGAGGCCCGCCGUCAAGGUCACGCAUGCCAUUUCGCGGGACGGCAUCUCGCACGUGGUGGCGACGGUGGACCGCUCGCUGUCGUUCCCGUCGGCGGAGUUCGUGCGGCGCGCGCUGCGCAAGGCGGCCGCCAGCGCGCCCGCCGCCGCGCCGCUCGUGCUGGACGCCACGCACGUGCAGGCCGCCGACUUCACCGCCGCCAAGGGCAUCAAGUCGCUGAUCGAGGACUUCCACGUGCGCGGGCAGACGAUCAUCUUCUACAACGUGAAGCCGUCGCUGGCGGGCGUGCUGCGCGGCGUGCGGCCGCGCGAGUUCGUGCACUGCGCGUCGCGCGCCGACCUCGACCGCCUGCUGCUGCGCGCGCACCGCGCCGCCGCGCACCACGCGUAGCGUUAGCGGAGGGCGCGGCGAGGCCCAGACCCCAGCCCGCGUGUGCAGCGGGUCAGCAGUAUUCAUUGUAUAUACACACACACACACACACGUCUAUUAUGUCAUUAUUUAUGUGUGCACUUUAGUGCUUAGUGGUACAUAGUAACAACUGAGCACAGUGAGGACGGUUAGAUAAUAAAGUGUUGCUUACUUGUUUGUUUUUA